AUGAUUGGAAACUUUAUGUUGACCAAAGGUGAGAACAUUAGUAUACUUGUUGGUCAAAGAGGGCAAAAAGCGUAUUCUAACAAAAAAACUGGCUCAGGCGGAGGAGGUACAUUUGUAGUAAGAGGAGAGAACAAGCCUUUAAUCAUAGCCGGAGGUGGAGGAGGAGUUGCAAAUAUGACAGAACAAUAUUCAGGAUGUGAUGCGUCCAUAAACACAACAGGGAAUGCAGGGUAUAACUCGCCAUUCCUGUCAGGAGGAAUGAACGGAUAUGGAGGACAAACUGAUGAACCGAAUUCUGGUAGGUGAAGAAUUUUCUAUUUAUAAAUACUGAAUUUUUUUGUUUUUGUUUUUGUUUUUCUUUUUCUUUUUUUUCGCAUUCUACUGCCAUCCAUCAAUAUUUCGAACAAAGAGGUGGUACUGGUCGCUUAAAUUUGAAUUUUUUUGAGAAUUACUAAAAGCCAUGAUCUUCUCAGUAGCUAAUGUCAACUGUAAAUCUCUUGAUUUUAGGUGGUGGCGGUGGCGGUGGCUUCUACAGUGAUGGAGAAAACACAGAUAUUUCUAAGGGAGGGGGAAAGGGAGGUAAAGGAUUUCUAGCCAAGAGAAAGGGAGAGGGGGGAGCAUAUCGGGGUGGGUUUGGAGGUGGGGGUGGUUAUCGUCUAGAUAGUGAGCUACCUGGGGGAGGUGGAGGGUACUCUGGGGGAAGUGGAGGUGCGAAUAACAAUAUUUCCUGUGGGGGAGGGGGAGGUUCUUUCAACAACGGAUCAAAUCAGCAAAAUGAAUGUUGUUAUAAUACUGCUGGACAUGGUAGAGUGAUCAUAACAUUUCUCCAUUGAAAUGCAUGGCAGCACUUUUCUUAGCGUCUAGUGGUAAUUCUGUUUUGAAGCGCUAAUUGAUGUCUGUUUUUAAACUCGGUAGUUUAACUUUUUUGGAUCAUUAUUUAGAUUUUGUUAUUAAGUCGUGUUACUGUAAGACAAACAGUGCAACAUGUGGUUCUAGAGGCGUUUAUAUUUGAGGUUAGAAUUAAAAUUCACCAACAAAAUUUGCUAGAACAGGUGAGUUUGUGAAUUUUUACUGACCUUACAAAUUUUUCGAUAGCAAAAGCUGUAAUAUUUGUUCUUUUUCCGGCUCUUUCCGGAGCAAAUAAUCAGAUGUUUUUGACUGUUCAUACAGUUCUGCAUUCAUCUCUCAAGUUCAGUGGACUCAAACAAGUCUUUAUUUUAAGCGUUUUAAGCAAGGUUUAGAGCGUGAGACCAAUUAAAAAUUUUUUGGCUGUGGACAAAGUUGCUUAUCUAUUGUAAAAAAUCUAAGAUCAACGCAAAAACCCGUUGCACUUCAAAGCAUAGUGGCUUCUCAACAUCUACAUGCAAAGAUAAGAUACCAAAGAACACUGGCGUUCAUUACUAAUAGAGAAGCUAUUUCAGUGAAAUUACUGCAUGAUGUACAUAGCUUUUUAGCGCCUAACACUCACAGAGGUUCACUCCUUGAGAUUCACUUCCAGAGGCUCACUCCCAGAGGUUCACUCCCAUGGGUUCACUCCCAGGUGUUCACUCCCAGAUGUUCACUCCCAGAUGUUCACUCCCAGAUGUUCACUCCCAGAUGUUCACUCCCAGAAGUUCACUCCCAGAUGUUCACUCCCAGAUGUUCACUCCCAGAUGUUCACUCCCAGAUGUUCACUCCCAGAUGUUCACUCCCAGAUGUUCACUCCCAGAUGUUCACUCCCAGAUGUUCCCCCAGAUGUUCACUCCCAGAUGUUCACUCCCAGAUGUUCACUCCCAGAUGUUCACUCCCAGAUGUUCCCCCAGAGGUUCACUCCCAGAGGUUCAGGGGAAACUUUAUGGUGAUGAAACCAUAUUGUCAGCGUAAUGUUUUCUUAGGCUUAGAGCUUAGAGCAAGGCCCGUGGUCACAUGCAAACGAGGGAGGGGGGGAGGGGGGGAUGGGGGAGAAUGGAAGGAACAUGGCUCGUACGUUCUUAGUUGUAUGAUGAAUGAAUAUGUAGGUGAUAAAAAACAGUGAACAACAAAUUAUCCCACGUCUCUCUUCACACAAAUACUUGCGCGUUAAAAGCAUACAAUGUUAUGGUGAGGCAAGAUUAUAGUUUAUAAUAUCCAGGGGACAAUGUCAGCCACAAAUUGCUUUCGCUUAUAGAAUAAAGAAGAGGCAAAUGCCAGGAAUGUUUAGACUUUAAGUAGCGGGCAUGGGGGGAGUUAUAGUGAUGAUUGGUAAAAUAAUAACUGAGAAAUCAUUUUGUAGAGAAACAGUUGUGAACUCAGCUCUUCAUAUUCUUGUGUAUCUAAUGUCAAUGAAUACAUGUAAAGGUCUAUUAUGCAGUCAAUCGUUUUUUUCUUGAUCAGUUCGAAACCAAAAUCGAUUUUCACUAAUGACACAGCCAGUGUGACUCAGUUUCUUCAAUUUUUUUGCCCGUUGGCCUUCUAAAUUUUGCUGCGCAUGGCACUGACUGUAUUCAAGUCAAAGCAAAACUUUAUUCACUUGUUAUAGUUUUGUUUUUCUGCUAACAUCUGGAAUAUCUUUUCCGGAGGCUCUCGUGCUCUUUCACUCAAAGUGGAGUAAAGCACUGUAAUUUUCAUGUAGUUAGAAAGAACGAUUCUGCUUAUAAUAUAUAGAAAUAUAUUGAGAACAUUCGCUGCUGGUGGAUUGACUAAAAGUUCCCAAGAAUUGUUUCUAGGAGUUACAGAAAAGAGCAAUCACUUUCCUAUAUUGUAGGUCUAUAGUGUAGAUUUUAAGGUAAACUCUGGUGAAACUCAAUAAAUUGAUAUCUGGCUGUCGGUAUUUUCUACACGUUUCUUAGUUGAACCUAAAUUAGUAAGUCACACCGACUGAGAGCAAGGCUAAUUUGUAAACGAACGAAAAAAUAACCAUGUAUCUUACAGGAAAGUUCCUGAAUCCCACAACUUCACUUAUCAUUUUAACUCGUCUUUGAUGUUUUUUCGCAGCACUCGAAACCAGCCUUGACUAAAGGUGUUUGCAGGGUAAUUGAAAAUUGUAUGAUGCAUGAAUAUUUAGGUGAUGGAAAACAGUGAACAACAAAUUAUUCCUGUGACAGCCUUGUAUAGCUGGACAUUCCUAAAGACGGCUACAAAAAGCGAUGCGAACUGUUUGAGGAUUUCCAACUCAGUUUCUGAUUGGACUUCUGAUUGAGCAAUCGGAAGAUAUUAAAUGAAUAAUUCACGCACACUUUUGAUAAGACAUUAGUCGAUCAUUACAAGUGUGUCUUUCACUGAACUUAACUUCAGCGGAAAACAACAAGGGUACAAUUAAGUACAAAGUAAAAUUCGCUAAAUGGUUGUGAGUUGCUAUAUAAAAACUCAUCCUUGUAGAUACGGCUAAUUAUUCACUGGCACAAAAUGAAAACAAUUGGAUCGAGACAGUUGCUGCAUGGUGACAAUUUCCAGCAGAAAUGAUAAAUACCUUGCCAUGAGAGUUUCACAUGUACUGAAAUAUGACGUGAAUUGAAGCCUGGACGGAGCUCCUCAGACAAUAAAAUUACAAUUUAAUUUCUAAAAACGGAUAAUUCUUCAGAUAAAUAAAGGGGUAAGUUUCUAAAUAAACUGUAGUGUUGCGUCGGUGGGAGAUUAUAACAGGGUAAUUUGGUAACUGAGUUAAUAACGUGAAUUGGCCACCGUAAAGAGUUUAAAAGUUGACGUUUCGAGCUUCAGCCCUUCGUCAAAGCGAGUGGAGGAAUUGUGGGUUGUGUCUGUUUUUAUAUGAAGAAAAUAGAGCUACGCUAUUGGUGGGAAUAUGGUGACGAGAAAACAAGAAUAAAUUAGUUAAAUGAAAGGCGCUCUUUGAUACCGUAGGGAUUAAGAGUACCGACUUGAAACAAAAAUUUUUGUUCUUGAGUUUUGCAGCUUUCCGAACUAAUUCCCUAGAUGUAGGGAAAGACUGCAGACUGCUAUAUUCUGCUUAGAAUGAUUGGGGAGAUAAAAGUGUCUCGCGACUAGUUUGGAUGCUUCCUUGUCAUUUCUUUCUUUCGUGGCCCCAUACAUUGAACUCGUUUGGACAUAAUUAAGCCAAACUAGAAAAACGCAUACCAUAAACUGUCGCAUAUAAGCCCCUUCCCGGCCCAUCUGACAGAAAACAGUGUAGGCUCUCCUAGCUUUUCCUGCUUUGAUAGAUAGGAACUCUGUGCAGUUUAAAAAUAAAUCAUGGCGCGCGGAACAAUAAGUUUAUCACUUCCUUUUGAUUAUUAAGGAUGAACCUUCCUUUCGUUCUGUUUCAGUUUUGUUCGUGUUUUUAGCUUUAAUUCUGUUCCAAAUGUAUUGAAAUGAGGUAACUGCAGGAUACCCUGCCACUUUGGUCCACCUCAUUUACCUGUGUCGGGAGGCUUUGAAGAUCGAGGCAUAACACAAGAGACGCUAUUCUUAUUCAAUGACAUGUAAAUGAGUGGCAGGGUAUUCUGCAGUUUAGCCAAACCUGAACUUAACUUCAACAGACGCAAACUAAACCUGAACUAAAGGAAGAUAAUUAGCUUAAUUCAAAAUACGCAAAAAUGUAAUAUAAAAUUUGACACGUUAAAUAAAGGGAGCACACAAUCUAAGACUAAUUGACAUAAACUACAAGAACGCUAAACUAGCAAGAACUAUAAAUAUUCCGAUCAAGUACCGACGACGUAAUAUUGCUAAGCUCCAAGCCUUCGUCGAUCUUACAGAUCGAUCCAAUAUGGCGACUUCUACAUUCGGUCCAAGUUCGUCCUCAUUCCUCAGCUCUAACCUUUAGUCACAUAAGCGGACUUUGGAACUUUCAAAUUAGGCGAUUGAAACGAGAAGAUUUACUACAAGAAGCCAAGGUUUACUGAACGAUCAAGAUUCUCUGGUUUUAAAGGUGUUUAUCUCAAUUUACAAUAAGAAAUUGAGAAGCAGUGCACGAGAGCCGAUAAGUAAAACGGAAGAGUUGGGGAAAGAGAUUGGGGGAUGUGGGGGGAGGGGAGAGGGUUGGAUGACCAGACUUCCCUCCCGUCCCAGUUUACUUCGUCUUGUAGACUCUUCUUUUGCAGUGAUUCAUCGAUAGGAUGAGGUGUUUCCUAUAAACAAGGAAGAGUCGUUUUUAUGGCCAGCUACUGCCUACACGCGAGCUCGAAAAAUAGGUACGAGAGUUUCCUGAAGCGGUAGACCGCCCACUCCUUCAAUGUGCCGCUUUGAUAAGCCUUUUGCGACUUUUGAGGAACACUCGAGGAGCUUGGAGAUCAGUGGCCGAAAGCAAAAGUUUUAUAAAGUGCAGACCGUUGCUUCUAUAAAACGGAGGUGCUGGUUUUUUCCUCUUGUUAUCAUCCAGGACCAAACAUCGGUAAUCUGACCAUUGUUGGUGAGAUGGUUAACGAAAACCCUUGUACAUACCUUUCUUACUUCAAAGGUUGAUUAUUGCAACUCCUUGCUGUAUGGCCGACCCAAAUAUUUAUUGCAAAGGCUCGAAAAUUUUGUCGCUUGAAGUUGGUCAUUAACUAACCUGUGGGAGAUAGGACUAUAGGAAGUAUUUUGAAGAGAAACUGUUGAGAAGUCAGUUCUUUAUAUUCCUGUGUAUUUACAACAAAACACCAACUGCCAGGUCACUUAUGUAAAAUAAUUUAUAUACGCGGUUAAGUCCGCUGACCCGAGCCUUUAGCUAUUUUAGCGAGGUAAAUCCACAUAAUAAUUAAUCUACAUAUCGUAACAUUAUAUUAACAAUGACAUAUCUAAGACUGGUUUUCAACUGACUGUGAAAGUUCAUUAGGCAGUCACUUUGUUUUAUUGAUCAGUUCUAAACCAAAAUCGAUUUUCAAUUUUCGUCAAACCAGUCCAACCCAGUAUCUUUGUUUUCCGGUCUUUGGGCCGAUUGAGUUUUCGCAGAUUUCACUUUUUGCAUGACGUAGAAAGCAUUUCAAGUUGCGCCUAUUGGAGUCGGUUGCAAAUUUAUCCUCAAAAUAUGUUUUUAAGAUUCUACUUCGUAUUGUGUCCUUUGGUUAAUAUCAUGCACCAGAAUCCACAAUUAGUGAAUAUUUUGAUUUUGGUUUCACGAUUCCCAGUCAAUUGAAAAGCAUUCGACCUUUCCUCCAGCAUUGAAACCAACCCACAAAUGUGGCAAUGACUCAGGCCGUGUUCAGGUGUUGGUGCAUACUGGGAGGGGGUGAGGGUUUGAUUCAGAAAAUAUUUUAAAACGAGAUCAAUUAAAUCAUCCUGACAGUUUUCAGAAUGAAUCGUCUAGAAGCUGGUUAACGUUCUUUUUUUCAUCAGGGCACAAAAGCGGUUAUAUAAGGCAUGGUGAUGGCACUUUCAAUUUUACGCAGAGCUUUAUUUACUUGUCAGAUUGUUAUGUUUUUGUCAGCAUUUAGAAUAACUUUUUAUCGAGGCAUCUUACUUUAUUUUCACCAUCUUACAUUAAGGAAAGCCAACACGCACCUGAAAUUUUUCGUGACUUCUAUUUCCUCGGCCAAAACAACAUUAUUUUCACUAUGGAUAUAACAUCUCUUUAUACUGUCAUUCCCGAUGACGAAGGUCCCGGGCCCUCAAACAUUUUUUCGAUCAUCGCACUGUUAAGGAACCUAGCUCUGAAACAUUACUCCGUUUGGCCGAACUAGUACUCACGCUCAAUUGCUUUUCAUUCGGCGGUAACUACUACAAACAAACUAAUGGCGUGGCCAUGGGCAUCGUGGCUAUUGGUCAGCUUUCUAAUUGUUUUUACGUCUGCCAAAAGGACAUCAGUAUAAGGGUUUGUAGCCAAUGCUUAAACAAAUAAAAAGACGCUGAUUAAUAUCAGCAAGCCUGCAAUAUGCCAUGAAUAUUGGUCUUAGGAUUCUUUGGUGCAACAGCUGUCACUUUAACAUCUCAAUGUGGAUGUCCGCUAUGACAACAAUGCACUAACGCAGUUAAACGAUUGCAUCAGAGGCUUAUUACAUUUAGGACUUUAUUACAUUUAAAACCAAACGUUUGUACAUUUAGGACUUUAUUACAUUUAGGACAGUUACUACAUUAGGCCUUCAACCACGCUGAAUAAUCACGGACAUAGUGCGUUUAUUUCGAACCUCUCUUUUUAAAUUAUUUAGUUAACACGUAAACAGGAACCCAAUUUCACAAUUUAUUAAAAUUUAUACCAAAACACUCUUUGAAAGGGUUUUUUUGGUGUCAGUUUUUAAUGAUAUUUGUAGGUUUUCAACACCUUCAUAACCCACAUACGGCAUUUUGUUUCUUUUGCCACAGCGCAGAAUUUCACGAAAAUCUUCUGAUUUUCCUUCUUGCCAAGUCAUCUGUAAUGUCAAUUGGUUUUUCGAAGGCACGUUUUUCGUUAAAAAGCAACUUCCCUUACUCCAAAACUGGCAUAUACAAUUGAUAUAUUCCAAAUUUUUUUCAUUAACACUGCAGUUGCAAACUUGUCAACGGGAAAACUUAUAAGUUACACUUCCUUUAUUCUUAGUUACUAUUUCCUCGCACUCUAACUCGUAGUAUCAUCAAUUUUCCAGGAAAAUAAGCGACGAAGAGAAAGGAAGAUAGGAAGUGAACGAUUUUGUUUGUUUUAACGCUAAAAUGUCACAGCUGAACACGGGCGGCCCAAGCUCCAGCUGUGAAAUAAUCAUCAUGUGAAAUAAGAGUCAUAGCGAAAUUGUAAGAGUUUGUAAAAGAAUACUUACGAUCGCUUUUAGGAAUAAAAAAAGUAAGUAAAAUUCUCAAUAAAAACACCUCACCUUUACGUGAUAAACCUAGAAAUGAAUGCUCGUUUGUACGUCAGAAAACUGGGAGCAGCUGGAAUCGCUCGAAUUCUAUUGGUUGUAGUCAACAUUUCAGUUGUUUACAAGUCGCAUCAGAAGCAAGGCUAAAUAUCUCACACCAGCGACGAGAUCUCUUCUUAACAUGUGUUUUGGUCUUCUUUGUCCCCUUCUAUUUGAACUCUCUGCGCUAAUUCCAGAUUCAGCCUUUUCACAAGGUUUGUAAGAUACGUUUGCAUCGUGUCUCUUAUUGCUUUGAGUGUUAGAACACUGAUGUUGGUGUAAUUUAUUUAUUCAUAGUAAUUAAACUCAGAAUCUGGAUACAGGUUCGAUGUGCCCUGAAUUCUAUCAGUCUUUGUUUUUUGUUAUAUUUUCAUUCGGCUAAUGUAGGCGUUGAAUGCUCUUUAGAAAAUUGUUUUGACAACAUGCUUUAUAACUGAUAGCUUGUGACGCUGUUGAAUGGAACAAUCUCAACGUUUAGUUAACUUCCUUUCACAUAUAUCUGCUGUUGUGAAUUUGCAUAAUUGAAGUCCAUCUGUUGCCCUCUAACUUUUAGCACCUCAACUUGGUUAAAUGCAGAUUUAGGACCAAAUGUUAAGAAAUUUAGGACAGUUAUUACAUUUAGGCCUUCAACAGAUUUAACACAGGCAACAAAAAUAUUUAAAAAGUAAGUGGUUACCCUGAAAACAUGUCGCUGUCGCCAACUUGCCUUUGUCGCGUAAUGUAGAUUUCUCGUGGGUACCCUGGAAAGGUUGGGCUAAACAUUCUAUCCAGAUAUAAGAAGUUGUUUUAGUAUAUACUAAAGCAACUUGCUCUUGUCGUGUAAUGUAGAUAACGUGGGUACCCUGGAAAAGUUUGUCUAAACACUCUUUCCAAAUGUGAAUAGUUAUCUUAGUAUACACUAAAACAGCUAAAUAAUAUAGCACAAAAAACUUGAUUUUAACUAUUUUAUUCCUGCAACGAUUACAACAUUAUCUGACGCAAAUCCUGCGCGCAAAUGCUCGGAGGUUAAUAGCAAAAGAUAUUCGUAAUUUGAGUGGGCAAUCAGAGCGCACCUUCAACGCUAUCCACUGUAUAAAUCUACUAAAGAGCGUUGUCCUAAAUAUUCAGUUUAUUAUUUUUUACAUGAAAGUCAUUGAAAAACUGUUAUGAAUAAUUUGCCACAUAAGUGAUUAGUUUCUCGGCUACCGAGUAGGAGUUCUUUACAAACGUGAUCUACAAUUGAGCCAUGACAGUGGGAAUGAAAUCAAUUUAUUAAAAGCACCUGGUAAGGCUAAUUAUCUUCUUUGUUAUUUGGUAUUGUAGUCUUUUUAGGUUGGGCAGAUUAGUUUUUGAAUAAAGACUAUGAGUCGCAACUGAGGAGCUUUUUUCGCUACACAAUCAGUGAAAGUUUUUAUAACUAAAGGGUGGUCUUGUGGUCACUUAAUAUUACGAAAAAUGCUAGGUCAUGAUUGACACUUGGGGUUAUAAUGAGACGAACGGAAACAGGUUCGUGUAGCAAAAACAUAUCUUCAAUUAGGGACCACCAGGAGCCUAGAAAAUUCUAAGACUUUCAUGACCACACUGGAUGAUACAAAUAUCAAUUGUAAGGGUAGCGCGAUCAAUUCGUCGCAAAGGAAAUGAAAUUUAGUCUUAUAAGCUAAUGACAAAAAAGUUUUAACUCGUGUUUUUAGUCCUUAAAAUUUUGGAUGAAGAAAGUUAAAAAAGAAACAACAAUUUAAAGUACUACACUGCAAAAACGCAAUAAAAGCCUUGAAAGUAUCAACAAAAACAAAUAGACUGCGCAAUGAAUAAGAACGUUGACUUUAAUCUGGGGUUUAAAGGGUAAACUUUAGUGGUCUAGUAGUAGUUCGAACUGUAAAAGAUUGAAAUUAAGUUCAUCUAAACACAAAAGAAGUUUGAGGUAUUUGUGGAGCCAGUUAUACAAACCUUCGAAUGUGUCUCGGGGUUGCUUAACUUUCAAACUUCUCCCUGGUGUUUGGGUGAGGUUAUGAAGUUCACUGAAAGUCUCCUAUUACUUUUAAAAAGUAUUUGUCUCAAAAAUAGGCGCCAAUCUGAAACGUCACGUCAAUCCGUCUUAUCUUAACACACAUGUAGAUAAAUAAGAAUUUACAAGCCUGACAUAGAUAGUAUCGUCUUUAGGUAUACUCUAACAGGUAAUUUGCCCUGACAACCACAGGUUUACCGAGGAAUCGAAUGCAAUCAGAGACGAUAAUAUCUUUGACCACUAUUUUCAAAACUGCUUCAUGCGACAUAUUUUUACCAGUUACCAUGUUUUCACAGAUGUGCCUUGCCAAGAGGUUCUCUCAUUUUGCAAUUCAGGCCGAUAUUCGUACCAACGACACCACCUCUGAUAAAAUCAUUUGCGAGUAGAAACUUUAUCACCGAGAGAUUUAACUCAAUACUCAUGCAAUUCUCUAUCUUGAAGAAAUGCCAUUGCAAAACCAAAAGGCUUUAUUUACUAACUUGAAAGCAGACUCGUAAUUCAGUAUGUAGCUGUCCACAAGUUUGUUUUUUUUGUGUGUGUGUGUUAAUUCUCAUGUAAAUCGUUUUCGAAAUUCCCCCCAAAAAAAUUAGUUAAUAAGAUAGACAUUUUGAAAACAUUUGAGACCUAGUAAAUAUUCAAAACUAACCCAAAUCGUCCCUCAAAUUAAUCACACAGAAGCCAAUAUGGUAACACUUGUAUACUAGCCCUUCCUUCGCUUGAAGAAUACGAUGAGAAUCCAACUCAACUGAUGGCAAAUUAAUGUGAUUGGAAUCUACCAGUCAACGACACUUCAAGUUCAUACAAAAGACAACAUCUCACUCAAAACGGAUUCCUUAACUAAGGUUUAACUUUGUAUCGAAAACUCUCUCAUUUCUCGAGCAAAUCAUGUUUCUUCCAAUGCUGAACGAGAGAUAAAGUUAUCCACUGAGUUGCGUUUCAUUCGCACGAAUUAAAGGCUAUGGAAUAAAGGAAUGAUAGAAACAUUUUCCAUUUGGCUCUUAUUUCGUUGUUCACUGCUUCCCUCAACAAAAGCGCUACAAAAUUUGCUACAAAAAGACAGCGGGAAAAAUAAAUUGUCGGAGAACCACCACUAAAAUCAAAGAAUUUCUCCUACAGUCACUCUCUUAAUAAUUUAUUUUGAAGGCUGAAUGUUUUUUUUUUUUUUUUUUUUUUUUUUUUUGUGAAAUGUCUUUUAAAAAAGAGGAUUAUGGAAGGGAGCGGGAGGGGGCGAACAGUUGUUCUUAUUAACUGCUGUUCUUAAUCAGCAGCCUUUGAGAAAAAAGGUUAAUUCAUUGACGUCCCACCUAUCUAUGGAUUUUGUUUUUCAGGAAAAAUGCUGUGGAUAUUUCGUUAUUUUCUUGCUUGUGUUUUGUUCACCAACCUUGUAACCGCCAAGGAUCAAUGCAGGAUGGAAAUUAACAUUCGUGACAUGACUCUCAAAGGCUUCGUUUUCAAGAGAAUGACGGUAACAGCUCCUCAUAUCUGUGAUUUCUUAUGUGAAAGGGAAAUUACCUGCCAGAGCUUUAAUUUCAACAGAAAAGAACAGAUCUGUGAAUUAAACAACCGCACAAAGGACGCAACACCCGAGUAUUUCCACUCGGGUCCGGCGUGGUUUUAUAUUCGCCGUUUGAGCGGAAGAGGUAAUUAUUCAGCCAAUAAUGUUGGAUGAUAAUUAUCAAUAUUUUGGUCAUACGUUCGACUUUGCCCACAGUCUGCGUUUUCUGAUCUCCCGCGCUCAUCGGUAUUGAUUUUUCUAUCAUCUCUCAAUUCUAAUAAUGAACGAUAUUAGUUCUAUCCCUUUUCUUUGUAGUUGCUUUGAAGUUUCCCACCAAUAACGUAGCUCCAUGUUCUGUAGAUAAACACACAACCCACAAUUCUUCCACUCGCUCGGACGAAAAUUGACGCUCGAAACGUCAGCUUUGAAACUCUUAACGGCGGCCAACUUACGUUAUCAACUCAGUUGAUAGUACAAAAUUAUCUUGUUAUACUCUCCCACCGAGGCAGCACCCCAGUUUCUUUAGAAACUUACCCCCUUUAUUCAGUUUAACUUUUAAUUAACUUCUUCACAAAACAGCUUUGAUGUAUGCGUGAAAUAGUGACAACAAAUUAUUUAUUUAUUUCUUCUUUAAAAUGAUACAAAAAGCUUAGGGUCUGGAAAGAAGAUAAAAAAGCUGGUGGAUCUAAAGGAAGGGUUUAAGAGUGAUUGUCAGUAAAAAUCAAAGAAAUCGUGGCCACGGUCAAAAAAUCGAUUUCGCUCAUACUUUGUCAGUUUGAAGGCCUAGGUAAGUAACUGAAGGAUAUGAGGUUAGUUUUUUGAAAUAUUCCAUAUAACGGCAGAAAACCACGAAAAACGGUCACCCUACCGGAAGCUCGGAUUUCACCUGGCGGAAACUCGAAAUUUUACACUUUUCAGCUUCUCGCUACACAGACGUUUACAUAGCUGUGAAUCUUUCUUAAGUAUAAUUGAAUACAUUGAUUCUUCCUUAGUCAAACCAUGGGAAUUAUUUUUAUCUCUGCUUAUUUGUGAGCGAACUGAGACCCGAUUAAGAAGACACACUUUUCUCAUUUACGCGAAGGUGUAAAGUAAUCCAAACUCAGCGACGAAAAAAGCUGACCGGUAGUUCUUCAAAUCUUCUGAUAUUAUAACCAAAGACAGUUCAGUCAUUGAUUUUUAGGUCUACGGUUUUAAAUCUUUAGGAUCUAGUAGCGCUUUUGCAUGAACGCCGAUCAAAAUUCGAUAAAAUUCCAAUUGAGCGCCUUUGAAAUCUACAACUCUACAUAACAAUGCACUAUUGAAUAAAUUAACUCCUCGGCCAAAGUUUGUACAUAAAACAUGAGGGUUUUACUUUUUUAGCGGUUUGAACCUUUUAAAAAUAUAUAUUGAUGUUAAAUAUUGUCUACACAGGUAAAAAAAACUAUGAAACACCAAAAUUACCACGAGCUGAAAUUAAAUUUGACAGGCUCGCUCCCUAAUCUGCGUCACGCACGAGCGACUUCGCUACAAUUAGUACAGUAACAAACAGAUAUCUACUUCUGUUAAUUUACAAUAAGUCUUAUUUUAAAAUAUCUUACUCAACGAUGUGCCAGGUUCCCCAGUUAACUUGCUGAAGUAAAAAUAAAAGAAAAUAUCAUAAUAGCAAUUCAAACUGAAACGAUAAGAAUUGAUUUUAUUAAGAAUGUGAAGCUUUAUGCCGUCGAUAGCCAAUCAGAAGUACCUGUUCUCACGAAAAUUGCAUCGUUCUUUAAAUAAAUAAAUCGAAUUAUCUUUAUCUGUGAAACAUUGCAUCUAAAACCAGAGUUUAUUGUCGGGGAACUUCAUAGAACAGCGACGUCUUGCUCGUUCUUGAAUAUUGUUGGUGGGAUUUGCGGCGCAGACGAACGCACAAGUUCUUUAACUUCCGUCACGCCUCUUACGCGGUGUAACAGGGAUAUCAAAAAUAACAAAAAGUCAUUGAAAUUUUCCGGAAUUGAAACGGAGGUAGAAUUAAUUUUGGCAAGAUGUGGAUGUUUUCAAAAGCCGGCGAAUUUAUCGGAUAUGACUAUCUGUCCGGUUCAUCGUGCCAAGUUAGGUUUAGGUAGGCGAAGGACGGGUAAUCUUUGCACCAUCCCGGAAGUUGUUUCUGGUCACUGCAAGGAGCUGAGGAAGGCACCCGCACUGGAAAAAAGGAAUAAAUUUAUUCCAAUCCAUGAAGAUAUUUUGAGCUUUCAAAACAGCUCGUCCCUGUGGGCUCAGUUAAGCAACCAACUACUUGAUGUUCUACCAAACAGAAACUGUCUCCAAUGAAUUAUUUUUAGUCUAUUCAUUCUGAUGACUUGAGAUUAUAUGAAAGAAUCAUUUGUUUAAACGACGGAGAGAAAUAAGUAAUUCGUGUAGUGUGAUCGUCCGGGUGAGUGUAGUUCUGAAAAGAACUGUUGUUGGUGACUGACGUUUCGACUAUCUGUGCGAUAGUCAUCUUCAGAGUCAAGUGAGGAGUAGUUGUCAGUCGAUGAUGUUAUAAAGUCUGGUCUGUUGAACGUGAUUGGUCUGUUUAGCCGUGAUGUGAUUGGCUGGAAGAUUCGUGUAGAGUUUGUUAACAGUCAUUGGUCGGUUUCGAUCCGUCUGUUGUUUGUCGGUCUGUUUGUCGGUUCGUUCACGUCGUAAAUGAGUCAUUUGUAAGGUGCUGGUAAUUGUUGACAUCUGUUGAGAGGCGUCUGUUCUAAGUUAGUGAACCAGCUUUCCAGAGUCAGUCGUUGAAAAUAGUUUGUACUGUAGGUUAAGCAUUUAGCAGAGUCCCAGUCGAUUCUGUGAUUAGAAAUAAGUAAGGUUGAUGAAGGACAUUUCGUUACUUAUCUCUUCAUCCAGUUGUCCAAUCCAAUUUUUUUAUAACAACCUUUAUUUCAUGCCUCUCAUUUUUUUAUGGAUUGCGCUUAUAUUAGUGUGUGCACUGUAUAGUGCCCUACCCACUUUGUCGCCAGGUAUGUGAGUGAGUGAGUGAGUGAGUGCCGGUGUCCGUAAACAAACAGGUCCGCAGCGCGUGCACAGCACUACCCACAUGUAUACAAUGAGUUCCUAUUUUUUAUCAGUAUCUCUCAUUUUGUACGCGGGGUGUGAUUGGUCAAUUUUGCGCAGCCCACUAAACUUUAACUAGUUUCCAUUCCCACGCGCCCGAUUGACCUCAGAGACAUAAUGAAUAUCGUACUAACCUCGUUUCACGGUCUGUAACUUACAGUACGCACCUGGAAUUCGGUUAGUAGGGGUUAAUUUACUUUGUUUAAAACAUUUCAAUUUCGUUUCGCAAAAAGCCACUUGAGAAAGAUAUAAACAAUAAACAAAAAAAAGGAUAGUCUAAUCACAAUGCUACUCCCCCCCCCUCCCCCCUUCUUCUCACCUCUUAUCGCGCAGUCAACUUUCGAUUGUUAUUUUAUUCUGUGGGUCGACAAAACUUCAGACUUUUGUGUUAAAAAAAUACGCGCCUUUCAGUAAUUUCGGAGUUUUGACGGGAGUUUGACUAUGUUUUUUCUAAAGGAAUUUGCGUAAAAUGCAGAAAGAUGCUUAGUGUGUAUGAGGAAAGAGCACCUGAGAAAUGUUCACAAUGUCUGUGUCUCACCUUCUUGAAAGAUGGCUUAGUACUCAAUUUCUGCGAUGGGGGAUCAACCACUUCAAGAGUUGGCGGGACCUGCAAAACUCCUUCAAACUGAGACCACGGUAGCAACUUUCCAGGACCCACAUUAAUUUCGUUCUCCUCAUACUUGAAGUUGUUGAGUAAGCUUACACCAUCCCAUUUGACGUGCCGAGUGCUUGACGGGUUGAAUGUAACGUAACUAGCCUUAGCACAAGAUCCUGGACCAGACUCUAUGGCUGUUUUGAGCUGAAUUGCUGUUGUCACAUCAUUGCCCUCGUUUACAUAUCUUCCAAUGUCUCCUUUAAUAGUCGCUGCUUGGCGGUCGAAUAUUCCUUUUCCACCUUGAGGAUCGGAAAAGUCGUUCCGUUCCACGCCCACGCCAGCAAAAAAAAAAAUAUAUUCCUAUUCCAGUGCGGCUACUUUUCACAGCUCUUACUGAAUGACCCGAAACAACUUCCUGUAUGGUGCAAAAAUUAAUACUUUUGAACAUGAUGUAUUACUCAGUAAGUGACACAGGCAUAAUAGGAAAAAAAAUCCGAGUGCUUCAUGGGACAAACAUCCUGCAUACUGCUAGGAUUGGAAUGUCAUGUGUGGCAUACGCGCAAUGGAAUAAAUGUGAUGGAAUAUUUAUAAGCCUGGUGAAUAAAUGAGAAUGAUGUAUUAUUCAGUAAGUGACACAGGCGUACUCGGAAAAAAAGAAAUCCGAGUGCUCUCGGCCAUCAGGAGUCGAAACUAUCGAUAUCGUGUCAGGUUAUGCCUAAGUGACACGAUGAGACGGUACGGGUAGUCAUCUCCAAUAAACUCGUUGGCUUUUAAAAACACGCAAUCUUGCUAAAAUCAAUUCUGGUUCAAGUCCGGAGAGUUUUUUAGGACUUCGUGCGAUGUUUUAUAUCCUUGUUACACAGCGUGAGCAGUGUGACGAAAGCUGAGUAAGGGUAGAAAUUAGCCAUUGGAAGUUACUUAGCAAGUGCGUUCGUCUGCGCCGCAAAUCCCAUCGACAAUAUUCAAGAACGAGCAAGACGUCGUUGUUAUGUAUGUCUAUUAACUUCGCCAACAACAUACUCUGGUUAUAUGGUUAAGUAGAUUUGUUUAUUUAGAGAACGAUGCAAUAUUUGCUUUUCGUGGAAACAGUUACUUCCGAUUGGUUUUCGACGGCACAAAACUUCUCAUACUAAAUAAAAUCAAUUCUAAUUGAGCUAGGAUUACUAUUAAGGUUUCCUUUUUUUUUCAGCAAGUUAACUGGGAAACCUGGCACAUCUUUGAGUAAGAUAUUUUAAAAAUACGACUUAUUUAAAAUCAACGGAUGUAAAUAUCUGUUUGUUACUGUUCUAAUUGUCGCUAAGUCGCUCGUGCGUGACGCAGAUUAGGGAGCGAGCCUGUCAAAUUUAAUUUCAGCUCGUGGUAAUUUUGGUGUUUCAUAGUUUGUUUUACCUGUAUAGACAAUAUUUAACAUUAAUAUAUAUUUUCAAAACGCUUCAAACCGCUAAAAAAGCAAAACCCUUAUGUUUUAUGUACAAACUUUGGCCAAGGAGUUAAUUUAUUCAGUAGUGCUUUGUUAUGUAGAGUUGUAGAUUUCAAAGGCGCUCAAUUGGAAUUUUAUCGAAUUUUGAUCGGCGUUCAUGCAAAAGCGCUACUAGAUCCUAAAGAUUUAAAACCGUAGACCUAAAAAUCAAUGACUGAACUGUCUUUGGUUAUAAUAUCAGAAGAUUUGAAGAACUACCGGUCAGCUUUUUUCGUCGCUGAGUUUGGAUUACUUUACACCUUCGCGUAAAUGAGAAAAGUGUGUCUUCUUAAUCGGGUCUCAGUUCGCUCACAAAUAAGCAGAGAUAAAAAUAAUUCCCAUGGUUUGACUAAGGAAGAAUCAAUGUAUUCAAUUAUACUUAAGAAAGAUUCACAGCUAUGUAAACGUCUGUGUAGCGAGAAGCUGAAAAGUGUAAAAUUUCGAGUUUCCGCCAGGUGAAAUCCGAGCUUCCGGUAGGGUGACCGUUUUUCGUGGUUUUCUGCCGUUAUAUGGAAUAUUUCAAAAAACUAACCUCAUAUCCUUCAGUUACUUACCUAGGCCUUCAAACUGACAAAGUAUGAGCGCAAUCGAUUUUUUGACCGUGGCCACGUUUUUUGAAUUUUCCUUGAUUUUUACUGACAUUUACUCUUAAAAGUGAGGGGGGCCCACUUCCCAAGAGAAGGGUGCUUGACAGAGCAUUUAAUUUAACACAUUCAAAGGCGGACUUUGAGUGAAUGGAAUUAGAUCCUCAUUCUAAUUCUCUCGUAUUUUUCAAUCUCGGCUUUCGACUUGUGCACCUACAUAUAUUUAAUUUUCAACAUUUUUACCAUUACCAGCUCCCUUGGGUUCGAUUCCGGAGUUACCAGCACGUUCAUGCCGGGAAAUAACAGCAAGCGAAGGAAAAAACACUGCAAGCAACAAAUACUGGCUGGAUCCAUCUGGCAGUUUUGGUUUACUGUGAUAUGAAUUUAAAAGGUAAAUCAUCAUUACGUCAUCGUUAGUUUCACUUCCUGUUUGAAUUGUAGAUUCUUUCAAUAGCGUCCCUGUUUUUCAAGAUAUUAUAAAUUGCUAAAGUCCUGAAAUCAUAGCAUUGCGCAGUUUCGGCUUUAUAUUCAAUUUUUUUUUAAUAAAAAGGCCAAAUAGGGCAAAAAUACACACAUAGGGAGACGCUUAAACCAAAAUACACUUCGACCAACAUUCUUACUUCAACAUUUCAGUUAUAAAGCAAUUUUCUAAUUUGUUCAAAGACAAUUGAAUCUUCUUCUCCAUGUUAUGCAGGACUAUUUUUCUGCUAAAUUAAUGUGUAAGUUCCUAUAAAUGUAAGACAACUAAGAAGUGUUUUGCAACAACUAAGAAGUGUUUUGCGACAUCUAAGAAGUGCUUUGCGACAACUAAGAAGUGUUUUGUGACAACUAAGAAGUGUUUUGCGACAGAUAAGAAGUGUUUUAGGAGAACUUAGAAGUGUUUUGUGACAACCAAGAAGUGUUUUGUGACAACUAACAAGUGUUUUGCGACAAGUAAGAAGUGUUUUGCGACAACUAAGAAAUGUUUUGCGACAAGUAAGAAGUGUUUGUGACAACUAAGAAAUGUUUUGCGACAAGUAAGAAGUGUUUUGCAACAACUAAGAAAUGUUUUGCGACAAGUAAGAAGUGUUUUGCAACAACUUAGAAGUGUUUUGUGACAACUAAGAAGUGUUUUGUGACAACUAACAAGUGUUUUGCGACAAGUAAGAAGUGUUUUGCAACAACUAAGAAAUGUUUUGCGACAAGUAAGAAGUGUUUUGCAACAACUUAGAAGUGUUUUGUGACAACUAAGAAGUGUUUUGUGAAAACUAAGAAGUGUUUUACGACAACUAAGAACUUUUUUGCGACAAGUAAGAAGUGUUUUGUGACAACUUAGAAGCGUUUUGUGACAACUAAGAAGUGUUUUGUGACAACUAAGAAGUGUUUUGCGACAACUAAGUGUUUUGCGACAGCUAAGAAGUGUUUUGCGACAACUAAGAAGUGUUUUGUGACAACUAAGAAGUGUUUUGUGACAACUAAGAAGUGUUUUGCGACAACUUAGAAGUGUUUUGUGACAACUAAGAAGUGUUUUGUGACAACUAAGAAGUGUUUUGUGACAACUAAGAAUGGUUUUGUGACAACUAAGAAGUGUUUUGCGACAACUAAGAAGUGUUUUGUGACAACUAAGAAUUGUUUUGUGACUACUUAGAAGUGUUUUGCGAGAACUAAGAAGUGUUUUGCGAGAACUUAGAGGUGUUUUGCGACAACUAAGAAGUGUUUUGCGAUAACUAAGAAAUGUUUUGUGACAACUAAAAAGAGUUUGGCGACAAUUAAGGAGGGUUUUGCGACAACUAAGGGGUUGGUUUGCCACUACUAAGGAGUGUUUGUGACAACUGAUUGUGGAGACUAAGGAGAGUUUGGCUUCAGGUAAGAAGUGUUUGCGACAAUAAAGGAAUGUUUUGAGACAACUAAUUGUGACAACUAAGGAAGGUUUGACGACGAAUAAGAGGAGUUUGACGACAGGUACGGAGGGUUUGGCGAAAGCUAAGAAAGGUUUAACGACAACUGAGCAGAGUUUUAAGGAGGGUUUCCUGGCAAAUAGUGAGAGUCUGACGACAAGUAAGAUGAGUGGUGCGACAACUUAGCAGUGUCUGGCGAUAAUUAAGGAGGGUUUCGUGACAACUAAAGGCAGGUUCCAAAUCAAUCGAAGAAAGACUGUUAAUAGAAACAUAGCCUACCUGCUUGCAGUCCAUAACUUCCUCAAUAUAAACCGUUGCAUCUACAAGAUAGGCAUGGUACCCACGCACUCUUGCCUGAACAUAACAUUUGUAUUCAUCUGCCAUUUUAUAGUUCAUUUGUGCAGAAAACUAACUUUCCUCAAGAGAUAUUCAAGAUGGAAGCUUUACUUUCCUUCACUCGAAAUGCCUUUCAGGUAAUUUGCAAGAAAACCGCUGUACAGCAAAGCAGUUAUUGUCUCUAGUACAAUAAACGCAUGAGGUGUUAUGGGAUACAUUACUGCAUUGACUUUUAUGUUCCUCAAUUUUGAUAAAUUGUGGAAUAUGAAUCGUAUUUUAUUCGAUUGUGGUUUACGAAAAUCAGUAGAGUUAAAGGAUGGCAGACUGUACGACAUUACGUCAACAUUGGAAAAGACAGUUCAACUGAGCUGUGCCACAGUUAAAUGCAAACACUGCGACAGAUCGUUCAAAGUUCAACAAUAUCUGGACAGCCAUGUACAAUUAAGGCACCUGGCCUCUGCCGCACAGAACUCGGACAGCAUCAGCUCAGCACCUAGAAAUACAUUGACUAUUUUUGUAAACAUCAGCAACCACUCAGGUGAAACAAACAUGCAGAGAUUGGCUAAGAGUCAUCAGCUUGAAGAUGUGCCACGUGAAUCGGCCGGUGGUGAGCAAGGUCAAACUCAAAGGCGAAGCAACAAUCGAAGGGGAAGUAACAAACGUAAGUCCUACACUGUCGAUUUCAUAGAGAGAACACUAGAUUUUUUGGAUUCCCUGAAAUCAUCAACAAAUAAGUACAACACAGUUGCAAAGCAACAAGGAGUCAACAGAUCACUGGUGUUUAAGUGGAAAAAAAACAGAAGCAAACUUCCUGCAAAACUGACUCUUAACAAGACAAAGAAGAACACAGAGGAGAAUGACCAACAAGUAAAAACUUUGGGCAGAUGAUGGCUGCGAUACGAUCCGGAAAUUCCACAGGGAUUUGAGGAAAGCCUUGAAAACACAAAGGAUAAGAAACAAGUCCUAUACAGUUGACCCAAAGUAUGGAAGAUGGAUACCUAAAAAUAGAUACAAUAUCGACUAGGUAGGUUCCUGUCCCAUUUGUAAACGAGCAAGAUAAAACCUACGACACAUUGGGUGCUAAGCAAGUGUGCGUGUCACAACCAUCAUCUGGUUUACAUAAACGACAGGCUACUCUACAACUUUGUAUUGGGGCUGAUGGGGAACAAAAUGUGAAGCCAGCUCUUAUCUUCAGAGGAAAAGGGCAUGUGGCCACUGAGAAGAAAGAAAAGUAUCACAAGGGGGUUGAUGUAUAUUUCCAGAAAUGCCUAGAUGGAUGAAGAAAUCAACAUGCGGUGGGCACACUUAUUCCAGGAAUUGGGAAUGACAAAGAAGAAAAAGUUGUAUUUGCAGACAAUGUCGGCUUCCAACAAGGUCAAUAAUUCCAUGAAACAUGCUGAAGUUAGAUCGACACUACAGUUUACGUGCUGCCUGAAAACCACAUUGACAAAAUCCGGCCCAUUGAUGCAGGAUGUGGUCGGAUUAUGAGAGAUAAAAUUGGUGCAGCAAUGGAAACAUGGCUGAAAGAGGAGAACAAUCUCGACAAAUGGCAGGAUAGACUUUCGGCAAAGGAUGGAAGAGGGCGGAUUACGCCCACGAUUCGCUUUCCUCAGUCCGUUUGGAUUAAACGUGGGUACUCUUAUUUGUCUGCUCCGGAUCUUCAUUCUGACAUUGACAUAACGAUUUUCAUGGAUGUGCCAUCUAACCUGGAUGUGUCUCUCGGUGAUGACUCAGCCGUUUCAAAGGUUUGCAAGAUUACCCUACUACAUCAGCUAGUUUACAGAGGGGAUAAUGAUGUUGUUUGUGUUUGUGAGACCUGGCUCAAUAACUCUGUCAUGGAUUGUGAGCUGCUUUAUGGCUACUCUAUCUAUCGAAGAGGUAGAGAAGGAAGCGUCGGCGGCGGUGUAUUGUUCGCUGUUGGAACUGAUCUAUAGGCCUUUUGCCGUUUUGAUCUUGAGAAAGAAAACACUGAACUGAUAGUUGUUGAAGUUAAAACGCUGAACUGUUUCCCCGUUAUCUUGUACACUUUUUAUUGCCCGCCUAGUUCUUCACCUGAGAUUCUUCAUCAUUUGAACCCUUCAGGGCAAUGCUGAGUCAAGUCGCAUUGUUUUGGUAGGAGAUGUUAAUUUACUCUCUAUCGACUGGUCCACCGAUUUACCGGUCUCUUUGGGUACUGGGAGUCAUGCAAUGGAUGAUAUAUUUUGUGAGCUGGUUGGUGAUAAUUACCUCAAGCAGUUCGUAACUGGUCCAACGCACAUAUAUAUCUGGAAGCAAGUUAGAUCUUUUUUUGUGUAAUUGUCCAGAAAUUAUCACAGACGUUCUCACUUCAACACCGGAGAAGUGUGGGUUUCCAGCGGAUCAUCACAUUUCAGAAUUUACAGUCCUUUUAAAAUUUAAGCUGUCUAAGCCUGUUCGCGCUACACCUAUGAUUUCAAACGCGGGAAUUUUCAAGAUCUUUGCAGUCUCCUGUCACAUACCCCUUUGGAAAUUGCAGUUUUUGGAGACAUUGACGAGAGCUGGGCUUUAUGGAAGGAUUUGUUUUUGUUAGCUGUAGACCAAUGUAUACCUACUAAGUCUUUAAAAGAUACUAACUCGCCUUCCUGGAUAGACAGUGAUCUUCGCCAUCACAUUCCUAAGAAAUAUGGGGCUCUGAGGAAAUAUCGCCUAAAUAAGUCUGACGAUAACAAACUGAAACUGCGCUCCUUGAGUCUACAUGUUAAGUACCUGGUUAAAAGAAAACAUCGCCUUUAUUUGGAAAAAAUUGAAGACGCAUUUUCUGAGAAUCCAAAGAAAAAAAAAAACCACCGAGCCAAACCAAAUUCAGUGAUAACCUAUAACGGCAUAGAGGCUACGACCCCAGCUGGAAAAGUGGAUCUUUCUAAUUCUUAUUUUUCAUCCGUCUUUACUCCUCCGAGUCCCGUUGUAAACUACGAUAUUUCCGCUCUUUCAUUGCACCAGCAUAGAUCAGUUAUGCAAGUAACGAAGUUGCGAAUUGUUUAGCCACUUUGGUUACCUCUAAAGCGUGCGGCUCUGAUAACACUCCUCCACGCCUUAAAAAAAGGGGCAAUCAAAUUGCACCUAGUCUUUGUUCACUUUUCAAUCUCUCCUUACGAACUGCUCGCAUACCGUCUGAAUGGUAAUAAGCUAAUGUCACACCUGUACGUAAAAAGGACUCUAUGGAACCGGGUGAAAAUUAUAGGUCUAUUUUCUUAUUAUGUAUACAAAGCAAAGUCCUGGAACGCUGUGUCUGUCUUAAACGUUACGAUCAUGUUAAGCAAUACAUCAUUCCUCUCCAGCGCUGGCUUUUUGCGAGAUCGCUCCUGCGUCACACAGCCGUUAUCUGUUCUUAAUACCACUGGUCAUAACCUGGACAAAAAUAUUCAAACAGAUGUUGUCUACCUGGACUUUGCCAAAGCUUUUGAUUCUGUCGGUUACUCAGUUUUGCUUCAAAAGCUCAAACGAUAUGAUGUGGAAGGCGACACGCUUGCCUGGUUUACAGAUUACUUAAGUUGAAGAUCUCAAAGGGUCAUUUUGGAUGGUGUGGCCUCGCAGUGGGCCCCAGUUACAUCGGGAGUUCCUCAGGGCAGCCUACUUGGCUCAGUUCUAUUUGUUGUUUUCAUUAAUGAUCUGCCAGGUGUUCUACCUUCAGUUCCUUCAGUUCCAUCUCGUCUAUAGCAGAUUGUGAACGACAACAACAAACUCUGACAAACCUCCAUUCCUGGAGUCACGACAAUAACAUACGAUUUAAUGCCUCUAAAUGCAAAGUUCUAACUAUAACGCGCAAGAAAAAGCCUUUACUUCAAGACUCUUUUUUAGGCCCUGAAAAAGUACACCACGUGCGUGAGGAGAAGGAUCUGGGUGUAGUUAUCUCGGACAAACUUACCUGGGACUGACAGCAAAAGAAAACAAACUUUUAGGUCUGCUGAAGAGAUUAUGUCCCUUGUUAAUUAAAGUAGCAGUAAGAAGGUCCUUGUAUUUAACGAUUGUGAAGCCCCACCUUUGCUAAGGAACUGAAUGCUGACAUUUUGCCUUCUCAGUUUGCUUGUAGGAUUGGGAACCUUGGAAAGAGGGAGGGGGGGGCUGGUGCAUUAUGAAUUUGCUUGACUUUUGCUGAGUUUUCAGUUGUUUAUCACCAGGACUACUACCCCCCCCCCUCUCCCCCAACGUAAUACUAUUGCCUUCAUUAAUGUGGUUAAGGUUAGUUCCAUCCAUGAAUUGAUUAAAAUGUUCUGCUUGCACAUUGAUUUCAUCUGUUAGUAGUCUAUGAGGUAUUUAAUAUUUAGGAACAAUUUUAAGAACACCUUAAGAACAUUUUCAGGCUGGUUUUGCAGAACACACCCGAUUUAUAAGAACAAAAUCAGCCUGAACCACUAAAACACGUGUUCUUUUAAGCGAAGCCAAAAGUAAUUGUAACAAUUUCUCACCAGUAUCAUAACUUUUAUUUUUACUGCAUGUGUUUUACGAAGGAUUUACAGCUGUUUUUACAACUCUUGGUAAGAAUGGAACAAAGGGUCCAGACUCAGUUAGCGGUCACUACACAGGUCAGGAUCAUGACGGACAAGUUACAGUGUCCGGCGGUAUUCAACUGUGGACUGUGCCACACACUGGUAAAUACAGAAUAGAAACAAUAGGAGCCUCAGGGGGAUACGGUGAGAACAGUGUCAUCAACGGAGGAAGAGGAGCGCGGAUGAUUGGAAACUUUAUGUUGACCAAAGAUGAGAUCAUUCGUAUACUUGUUGGUCAAAGAGGGGAAAGAUCGAAUUCUUACAAAAAUGCUGCCUCAGGCGGAGGAGGUACAUUUGUAGUAAGAGGAGACAACAAACCUUUGAUCAUAGCCGGAGGGGGAGGAGGAAAUGCAAAAAUGACAGAACAACAUUCAGGAUGUGAUGCGUCCAUAAACACAACAGGAAAUGCAGGGUAUAACUCGCCAUUCCUGUCAGGAGGAAGUAACGGAAAUGGAGGACAAACUGAUAAACCGCACUCUGGUAGGUGAAGAAUUUCCUAUUUUUUUCUUUGCAUCCAUCAGUAUUUCGAACAAAGAGGUGGUACUGGUCGCUCCAAUUUGGAUUUUUUUUCAGAAUUACUAAAAGCCAUGAUCUGUUAAGUUGCUAAUGUCGACUGUAAAUCUCUUGAUUGUAGGCGGUGGUGGCGGCGGCUUUUACAGUAAUGGAGAAAACUCAAAGACUUCUUAUGGAGGGGGAAAGGGAGGUAAAGGGUUUCUGAACGGGGGAGAGGGGGGAGCAUAUUGGGGGGGGUUCGGAGGUGGGGGUGGUUAUCGUUUAGCUAAUAAAAUACCUGGGGGAGGUGGGGGGUAUCCGGGGGAGGUGGAGGUGCAAAUAAAGAUACUUCCUGUGGGGGAGGGGGAGGUUCUUUCAACAACGGAACAAAUCAGCAAAAUGAAUGUUGUUAUAAUACUGCUGGACAUGGUAAAGUGA